AUUUUGUUCUUCCUCUGAAUAAUCCAAUAUGGCUAAGAAGGACGUUGCUGCUAAGCCUAGCUCCUCUUCUGGAGGAAAGAAAGCCAAGAAGAAGUGGUCUGCCAAGAAGGUGAAGGAUAAGGCUAACAAUAUGGUUGUUUUGGACAAACCCACUUACGAACGUUUGUUUAAGGAAGUACCUACCUACAAGCUCAUCAGUCAAUCUGUUUUAGUUGAUCGUCUCAAGUUAAAUGGUUCUCUUGCUCGUGUCGCUCUCAAGGAACUCACUGCUCAAGGACUUAUCAAGCCUCUUACCAUUCACCAUGCUCUCAAGUUAUCUACACUCGUGUUACUGGUGAUGAAGACAAGAAGAAGGUUGCUGAUGAAGAAUAAACUAGUUUUACAAUUGUACAAAUCAUGAUAUAUUCAAAUAAAGACUUGAUUGAUAGGUUUUUAUUUUAAGUUUACUCGAUUUUU